AUGGCAGCUAAUGGAUCUCUGCGACGCGUCCUCCUGCCAGGCACCAGUGAUGUGAGGCGCUCCAGCGACGGCUCUCUCCGACCGAGCGAUGCGGGCAGCAGCCGCCUCAGCGCAGGCGGGCGGGCGCAGUGGAGCUUGAAGGCGCAGCUGACGGUUUUCAUCAUCAGGCACGGCGAAGCAGAGCACAAUGUCAAGGAGAAGCAGGCCAAAGAGACUGCCCGAAAGACGCUUCUCGAAGCUGGGCACCACCCCAACAGCCACGAGGUGGUAUUGGCGCAAAAGGCGGCUCGAGAGGCUGUUCUGUAUGCGCAGGAGGCGGACCCGCCGCUCUCCGUAGCCGGGAGGGAGAGUUUGGCUGUGUCCAGGGAGCGGAUUGCGGACCUGGUUCACGCCGGUUUCCUCCCACCGAGCUGCGUCCUGGUCUCGCCACUCCAGCGCGCGAUGCAGACUGCCGCGCUCGUGUUCCCUGCGCACGAGAAUGUCACCGUGCGCGAGGUGCUGGCCGAACGCCGAACGGGGCUGGCCUGCGACAGUCGCUCGCGCGCCUCGACCCUCGUGAUUCGAGACACCUUCUCCAUGUUCGAUAUGUCUGAGAUUGUGGAGCAUGACGGCAGCGCGGCGACGAGCAAGAGUGUCGGGCCGAUGAGGCGCAACUCGACCUGGCCACGGCUCAUUGGGAUGGCUAGCGAUGCGGAGGCAGCAGCGAGCGAACUCGACACUCGCAUAGGCAGAAAGCAGGGUGGCGGGCGCCGCCCGCUGCCCCAGGCAGCUUCCACUCUGGGGCUAAUGGCCCUACAUGGCGUAGACAGCUUCGGGGUCUGUGACGAAGAGAGCCAGGGCAACAGCAGCUCCGCCCCACCAAGCCGAGCGCUCGAGAACCGCGUCAUGCUCAGGGGGCGGGCUGCACAGGUGCUGGACCUGCUUGAGGAGCACGGCCUGAACCACCACGCGGUUGCGCUGGUGUCACACAAGGCAUUCCUGGCCGAGCUCGAGCGUGGGCCGUUGGGCAGGCCCGAUGCCUCCGAGUGCGCCAACGGCGAGGUGCGCGUGUUCUCAGUCGCCAUCUACCGCAACGGGAACGGCAGCCGACGGGUGUGUGCUUCGCGUAUUGCAUGA